CCUGCACAGACGUUUUGAGACUGCAAACAUGCUCAGGUUUUUGGUGUUGACAAGUCUUGCAGCCUUGGUGCUGGCCGAGCCCAAGUAUCUGAUGAACAUUGAUCAAAGGGUUGUAGGAGGUGAGGUGGCUGCACCCAACUCCUGGCCCUGGCAGAUCUCUCUUCAGUACAAAUCUGGCAGCUCCUACUACCACACAUGUGGAGGAACUCUGAUCCAGAGAGGCUGGGUUAUGACUGCUGCUCACUGUGUGGACAGCCCCCGGACCUUUCGUGUCAUUCUUGGUGAACAUGACCUCAACAGCAACAGUGGCAGAGAGCAGGUCAUAGCUGUCAGUACCAUUUAUGUCCACCCCCAAUGGGAUGCUAACAAACUGUCUCAGGGGAAUGAUAUCGCUCUGCUGAAACUGGCCUCAGAUGCCACCCUGAACAAUUAUGUCCAGCUGGGCUCUCUGCCUCCCUCUGGCCAGAUUCUGCCCAACAACAACCCCUGCUACGUCACAGGAUGGGGGCUCACUGCCACCGGUGGUAGCCUGUCUCCUGAGCUCAAGCAGGCCUACCUACCUGUGGUGGACUAUGAGACCUGCUCCAGCCCUAGCUGGUGGGGCAGCACUGUGAAAAACAACAUGGUGUGCGGUGGUGAUGGAAUUGAGGCUGGAUGCAACGGUGACUCUGGUGGCCCUCUUAACUGCUUGGAUGGUGGAAAAUACUACGUGCACGGUAUUGCCAGCUUCGUGUCUGGUCUGGGAUGCAAUACUUACCAGAAGCCUACUGUCUUCACCCGUGUCUCCGCUUUCAUUAACUGGAUAAACACUAUCGUCUAGUAAGGACAAGAAUCGUUGACGCUGCAGAGACCGCAUUCCAUCAUAUUUUCAUCUGUACAGACUCACUUGUCUGGUGCAAUUCUGCAAAAAUAAAUGUAAUUAACUUUG